CUCUCUCACAUGCACAGUACUGCAAACCAAGCAAGCCAGAACCAAAGCCAAUGCAUGAUAAAAAAAUGAAAAAUAGAGAGAUGAUGGCGAUGGUUUAGUCUCUUUCACCUGAGCCUCUCUUAUUUACUUCUUUCCGUAUACCUAGCUACCGCUACAUAUUCCAUACAUACUUUCUCUUGAUCUUGACAAUCUCUCUCUCUCUCUCUCUCUCACCAUCUCUUUCCUCCUCCCUCUCCCUCACCCACGUUUGGUCCUUUCCCUUCUGUUGGCUUCUUUUUCCUUUCCUUUUGUUCUUUUUUGGCUAACCAAAGCUAUAUAUCCAGCAACCAUAGAUGGCCAUGGACGAUCGCGACCGUUCAUCUGAUUUUCUCGAAGAACAUGAGCAGUACUACCACGGCGAUACCGAUUGUAACUUAGGCACUCUGGGAGACGAUCUUUUUAGCAUGUUAGAGAGCUUAGAUGAUCAUGGGUUUGGAGGAGGAGGAGGCGGGGGAAUUGUGGACUUUCCUCAGCCGUCAGCUACAGCUCCAUUGGAAUAUGAACAACUACUUGCUGUUUUUAGCGCAUCACCAAAAGACUUCUCCUCCUCAGCUGAUCAGACCGAGCUUGAUGAAACUAACUCUGCCCCCAAAACCAAGAGACUCAAGUUCUCAUCAGCUGCCACCCCCACCGCCACUGCCACCACAACAACCAUGAAUCCUUCAGAUCAGGAUGGAGGGCGGAUGUCUCAUACAACAGUGGAGCGCAACCGUAGAAAGCAAAUGAACGACCACUUGAGUGUCUUGCGCUCUCUUAUGCCUUGCUUUUAUGUUAAACGAGGAGAUCAAGCUUCAAUUAUUGGAGGGGUGGUUGAUUACAUCAAUGAGCUGCAGCAAGUUCUUCAAUCACUUGAAGCCAAAAAGCAACGAAAAGCAUACAGCUGUGAAGUGUUAAGCAGCCCUAGGCUGCAGCAAGUUUCCAGUCCAAGGCCACCUGGUCCUUCACCAUCAGUCCUCAGCCCUAGAAAGCCACCUCUCAGCCCUAGGCUCGGCGGCAGCAGCUUACCACCCAUCAGCCCAAGAACUCCACAACCCACAAGCCCUUAUAAGCCAACGGCAGCCAGGACAAUAUUGCAACAACCACAAAUAUUACCUGCAGCUCCUAAUAUUUUUGGUAAUUAUCUGAUUUCUAGUCCAACAAUGGUUGCUAGCUCAUCACUUGAUCCAUCCCCUACUUCUUCAAGUGCUACUUCCUCCAUUAAUAAUAGUAUCGACAAUCUCAACGAGCUUUUCGCCAACUCCAAGUCCGCCAUUGCGGAUGUGGAGGUGAAAUUUUCGGGUCCAAAUGUUCUUUUGAAAACAGUGUCUCCUCGGAUACCUGGACAGGCUCUAAAAAUCAUUUCCACUCUUGAAGACCUUUCGCUAGAAAUUCUCCAUGUCAGUAUCACCACCGCUGACGAAACCAUGCUUAAUUCCUUCACCAUCAAGAUUGGAAUUGAAUGCCAACUUAGUGCCGAGGAACUCGUUCACCAAAUCCAGCAAACAUUCUGCUAAAUGAGUCUCUUUUAUGAUGCUUCGAAGUAUUUUAUACACUGUAAUUUUUAAUCGUUAAAUCUUUGAUCAUUGUAUUUUUAACCAUUGAUUUAACGAUUAAAAGUUUCGAAAUAUGGAAUCUUCUGGAGCACACUAAAACAUCCGCCGGUAGCUAUCAUAUUUCAUCACUCGGUCAAAAUUACCCCAACCGCAAUCUCUCUGUUUGUCUCUCAUCUCCGAAUGGUGCUCUAAUAAAAUAGAAUGUGGGAAGCCAUGCAUUUUUCCAUAUUCUUAAUAUAACCAAUGAAUUGGAGACCACUAAUAACUUUGUUUUACUUUUAGCAAGCCUAUCUAGGGUAACCCUUUGUAAUUGUCAAUUGAGCAUUCUCAAGGGUCUUAUUUCAUGUAUACAUCCAUGCAUGAAUUAAGUUCGCAAUUCUUUUUAUUAAUUACUGAAAAAAAGCUCCAUGUGGAUGUGAAUAUAUCAUGAACUUUAAC